AAAACCCUAAAAAGGCUUACCAGUUACCACCCUCUCCCUCUCCCUGUCCCCUCUCUUGUUUAUUCGUUUCUCUCGUAUCCUCAGGUGCCAGCGCCGUUCGCAUCACAAUUCUUCUUCUUCUCACGGCUCCUACAAAUGCCGAAGCAAAUCCAUGAGAUAAAGGACUUUCUUCUGACUGCAAGAAGGAAGGAUGCGCGGUCAGUUAAAAUCAAGAGGAGCAAGGAUGUAGUGAAGUUUAAGGUUCGGUGCUCAAAGUACCUUUACACGCUCUGCGUAUUUGACUCCGAGAAGGCUGAUAAAUUGAAGCAGUCUCUUCCACCAGGUUUGAGUGUGCAAGAUCUCUGAACAAAGUAGUGUGUGCUUGUUGUGGGUGAUCUUUCUUUGCAAAAAAUCGAUCAGGAGGCUGAAGAGAAAAACGUUUGCCAGUAUGCCGUCUAUUACUUAUUUAUUUUCAAUCAUUGAACGAAUGUCUUGUUGAUUUUUAUAGGGACUGGCUGGUGUUCUUGGUAUAAAUAGGACUUAACAGUGUUUCUUUAAGUCUAUCAACCUUUUCAAAAUUUUCAACCAUCUGAGAUUGUAUUGAUUCCUUUCCAAACUUCAAUCAUCGUUAGCCCUCUUUUUUUUUUUUAGCCCCAUCUGUUCAAACAAAAAUGUUAUUAAGGU